UACUUUGUUUUAUCUUAAACAACAAGUGCAGUUGAUUGUGAUGGGAUGGACUAACACAUUACCAAACCACGUCAUGUGCUUUCUCUAUGCGACAGAAAGGAAAACUCAAUCCUGUUCAUCUUGUUGAUGUUCCUGGGCACUCUCGGCUUCGACCCAAGCUUGAAGAAUUCUUGCCCCAAGCAGCUGCCAUUGUGUUUGUAGUGGAUGCCUUGGAGUUCCUCCCAAACUGUCGUGCAGCUUCAGAGUACCUAUAUGAUAUUUUGACCAAUGCGAAUGUUGUCAAGAACAAGAUUUCAGUCCUCCUUUGCUGUAACAAGACAGAUAAACUCACUGCACACACCAAGGAGUUUAUUCGGAAGCAGAUGGAGAAAGAAAUUGAGAAAUUGAGGGCUUCUAGGAGUGCGGUAUCUAUAGCUGAUAUAGCGAACGACUUCAGCAUUGGAAUUGAAGGAGAAGUGUUCUCCUUCUCGCAUUGCUACAACAAAGUCACUGUAGCUGAGGCAUCUGGACUCACCGGAGAAACCGUCCAGAUCCAAGACUUCAUUCGAGAAUACAUCAAGCCUUUAGCUCAAACGUGCAUUAAUAGAUUGAAUCUACGACUAGAUUCUUAUGCCUUUGGUCUGUGACUUUGAUUUGAGUUUAGUGAUCCUUUUUGUAUAUGAGUUCUUUGUUUGCUCAUUGUGGUUCUAAAAGAUAGGAGACAGAGGAGGAAGAUGAAGAUAGGAGACAUAGGGGUAGAUGAAGAUAGGAGAUUUAUCGAUCUUGUAUAUUUUUAUUGAUGUAGUA